CUGUGUUCUGUGGGUGGAAGCUCGCUCACUGGGUUUCGGUGUUGCGCGCAAUUCUGCGGCGUGGAGACCGGACGCUGACACCGAAUCAGUUCACACCCUCCCCCACCAAAAGCCUUCCCUUGGCAAAAGAAUAGCAAUAAUAACAAUAAAAACAAAACAGUAGGCUAAUGGCCUUGGUAAAGUAUCAAAUUGAAAAGAAAUCAAUCAAGGUUUCCAAAACUCCCCACAGUUAUAGUGGACAAAAGAGGUUUGGAUAAAAGUACAUGGUGGGGACUUCCCUGGUGGCACAGUGGUUAAGAAUAAUCCACCUGCUGAGUCAGGGGACACGGGUUCGAGCCCUGGUCUGGGAAGAACCCACAUGCUGCGGAGCAACUAAGCCCGCGCGCCACAACUACCGAGCCUGUGUGCCACAACUACUGAAGCCCGUGCGCCUAGAGCUCAUGCUCUGCAACAAGAGAAGCCACUGCAAUGAAAAGCCCCUGCACCGGAAGGAAGAGUAGCCCCUGCUCACUGCAACUAGAGAAAGCCCGCACAUAGCAACGAAGACCCAACGCAGCCAAAAAUAAAUAAGACACUUGAAUUAGCUUUAGCAGAAGAGAAAUGGAGGAACCAUAGAACAUUAAGGAUGAAUUCAGGAAGACCCGAGACCAUGGAGAACUUGCCUGCUCUCUACACUAUUUUCCAAGGAGAGGUUGCUAUGGUGACAGACUAUGGAGCCUUUAUCAAAAUCCCAGGCUGUCGGAAGCAAGGUCUGGUCCAUCGAACUCACAUGUCAUCCUGUCGCGUGGAUAAGCCCUCUGAGAUAGUAGAUGUCGGAGACAAAGUGUGGGUGAAGCUUAUUGGACGAGAGAUGAAAAAUGAUAGGAUAAAAGUAUCCCUCUCCAUGAAGGUUGUCAACCAAGGGACUGGGAAGGACCUUGACCCCAACAACGUUAUCAUUGAGCAAGAAGAGAGGCGGAGGCGGUCCUUCCAGGAUUACACUGGGCAGAAGAUCACCCUCGAGGCUGUCCUGAACACUACCUGCAAGAAGUGUGGCUGUAAAGGCCACUUUGCAAAGGAUUGUUUCAUGCAACCAGGUGGGACCAAGUACUCUCUGAUACCUGAUGAGGAAGAGGAGAAGGAAGAGGCAAAGUCAGCAGAGUUUGAAAAGCCUGACCCCACAAGAAAUUCUUCUAGAAAAAGAAAGAAGCAGGGGUCCCCAACCGUCCUCCCCACCUGCCCCUCGGGCCGCACAGCAGGAAGUGAGGGAGGGAAGCUUCAUCUGCCGCUCCCCAUCACUCGCAUUACCAACUGAACCAUC